GCCUUGCACAAGAGGGCCCAGAUACCUCCGGAAAGGCUGUUGUGGCCAUCCGAAGAUUUGUGUGCGUACUAGUGCCACUGUUCUGUCACAGAGAGUUUGGUUUCAUUAAGUUGCUCUCACAUAUCACAAGUCUUGGUCAGUGUUGGUCCCAAACUCACUCAUCCCUUUGUGCUCGUCUCGUUAUACGUGCUUUCGGCGUUCCUUCGGUGCUGAUAAUCGCGUGAAGAGAGGAGGAGGAAAGAUGGUGACCACUGCAGGACUGCUCGGGGCGGGCAUGGGCUUGUUCGUGCAGCUCUAUUCGAACGGAGUGCGCAAGCUUCCACUGAUGCGUCAUCCGUGGGAGCAUGUAUUGGCAAUGGGAUUGGGGAGUGCCUUCGGAAAUGCUGUGGUGAAGUGGGAGGAUCAUUUACAGGUUCAGCUUGAUAAGCUAAUUGAGGAUGCGAAGACCUCUAACAACAAGCGCUAUCUCGGUACCAUGAGGGCUGUGGAGGACUAGCGGACGCGGCAACGGGUCGACAUGAUCUAGAGGCAUCUUUCUAAGAUUCAUGAACAAGACUGAGAUACCACAAUAGACAUUCCAGAAAAUUUGGAGGGUCAAUCCAGCGGUGCCCUCAUUAGCAGCAAGUUCGCAGUUCCACUCAGAAAACUAAAAUUUGUUCACUUUCAGUGGUUCACAAUUUUGUACCCUUCAUUUACAUACACGUGAAGUGCGUAUGGCAUGGUUAAUAUACCAGUAGCGCUUCUUGCACACCAGUUUACUCACUGAGGAAUGCGAACACUUUAUUGAUUCGUGUAUAUUGUCUUGGCGGUUGUACAUUCUGCUCAUAAUCAAUUGGACUAUCGGUGGCUCAAGCAGUUGGAAUGCU